AUGUCUCUGUCCCAACAGCACCCCACAGAAGCUGUCGAUCCUGUCUGGACUGGUCCAAAACCUAUUCAGAUUCCAUCCACUGACAUCUUGACCUUUGCUUUUGCCAAUCUCAGCCAAUAUGACAAUAGCUGCCCGAUCUUCAUCGAUGCCAAUGAUCCAUCCAAUAGGAUCUCGGCCCAGCAAGCUCUUCGGACCGUUCUUCAACUGAUCCACAGCCUUCGGGCGCUGAGGCUAAAGGAGGGAGAAUGCGUGUGCCUGCAUGCCUUUAACAACAUCUGGUAUCCCCUGAUCUGGUUGGCGACAAUCGGAUCCGGGGCUCGUGUUGUUGGGUCCAAUCCCAAAUACACCAAAGAUGAAUUGAUUCAUUUGCUCAGCCUCACAAAGCCCAAGGUCAUCUUUGCUCAGGUGGACUGCAUCGAGCCAAUGGUUGAAGCAGUCAGUCACUGCGAAACCAAUUCCCAAAUUUUCGUCAUCGAAUCCCAUGACACCUCAUAUCAGGUCCGACGUCGAGAUUACGCCAGCUGGCGUACACUGUUGCGUGAGCCUGCAACUGAUUGGUACGUUCGCGCGGCAGAUGGUAAGCCUGAUCAAGAAGACAUUGCUGUGUAUGCCAUGACGAGUGGAACAACGGGUCUUCCUAAGGCCGCCAUGAUCUCGCAUCGGUAUAUCGUGGCCUUGACUGCAACCUUGGAAGCUACCUUCCGUCGCAGACCGUAUCGACCAUCACAGCUCAUCUGUCUACCUGUCUUUCACGCAUUUGCAUCACCCCUGGCCCUGGUUUUGCCGCUCCGAUUGGGUUUGCCCACCUUCUUCCUGCCAAAGUGGUCGCUUUCGGAAUAUUUGCAAGCCCUGCAGAGAUUCACCAUCACCGAUACGCCAGUCUCGCCUCCGAUCAUUGGCGCUCUAACCAGACUCCCUGCUUCAGACGUGCCCCUUCUCCAAAGCCUCCGUUAUGUCGUCUGCGCCGGUGCCGCUCUUCCUGCAAGCGUGCAGAACAAGUUGUACGAUGUUCUGGAUCCCGAGGCAGUGAUUGCCCAAUGCUGGGGAACGACCGAGGCAGGCUGGCAUUCUCUGGGCAGUUCGAAGCAGAGGGACUUUUCGGGGAGUGUGGGACGAUUGCUGCCAAAUGCUCAAAUGAAGUUGGUGGGUGCGGAGGGCAACUUGAUUUUCCGAGAAGGCGAGGCUGGAGAAGCGUUUAUCAAAGCCCCGACGUUGUUUUCUGGCUAUUUGGGAAAUCCAGAAGCCAAUCGUGACUCCUUCGACCGGGAAGGAUUUUACCGCACUGGCGAUCUCUUAUCCGUUGAGGGAGGCCUCCUGCACUAUUCUGACAGGAUCAAAGAGACGUUGAAGGUCAAAGGGUGGCAAGUCUCGCCAAGCGAGAUCGAAAGUGUCCUCGUCCAGCAUCCGCAGAUUGCAGAUGUCGCUAUUGCUGGCGAUAUUCGGACGAACGACUUGGGACUGUGGGAUACGUUUCCCAUGGCAUAUGUGGUUCGGUCGAGCGGGGAUUCCAGACCACCAUUGAUGGAACAGGAUGUCAAAGAUUUCGUCGCUUCCAGGCUCAUCUCGUACAAGCACAUCACAGGAGAUGUCAUAUUCGUCAAGGAAAUCCCACGAUCUCCCUCGGGAAAGAUCCUCCGUCGAAAUCUACCGCAGGCAGAGCGCGAGCUGUCGAACGAAGAUGUGGCUCCAGUAGCAGAGGAGGAGGAGGUGGUGGUGGAAGUCGACCGCCACUGA